AUGUCUUUGAGUUUUUUCAAGGCAACCAUCUUCCUUUCUAUAUCUGGACUUGGCAUUGUAGGGAACACCUUUAUACUUUUGAAUUAUAUGCACAUGUUUAAAGGUUCCAAGAAGAAAUCUGUACACAUUGUAUUCAUCCACUUGGCUUUUACUAACAUCAUAAUGUUUCUUUCAAAAGUGAUACCAACAACAGCAGCCUUUGGCAUGGAGAACUUCUUAGAGGAUAUAGGUUGUGUGAUGUCUGCUUACCUAGAGAGAGUGACUCGAGGACUUUCCAUCUGCACCAGCAGUCUCCUCACCCUGGUCCAGGCCAUCACCAUCAGCCCAAGACACUCUGUGUGGAGAAAGCUAAAGCUUCAAUUUGUAUGGCACAUCCUUCUCCUAUUGCUGUUCUUUUGGAUUCUCAAUUCCUUGAUAAGCAUGAACUUACUAUUCCACAUAAAAAAUAUCAGCAGUAUGAACAUAUCACAACCUAGUGUAAGUGACACCUAUUGCUAUUUUGUACCAGACAAUUUGAUAAUGAAAUGGAUUUUUCUUAUCCUCAUGGUCUUAAGGGAUGCUGUGUUUCAGGGUAUCAUGAGUGUGGCCAGUGGUUACAUGGUAUUUCUUCUCCACAAGCACCACCAGCGUGUUCUCUACCUGCAGAACUCCAAUUUUCUCUACAAAACUUCUCCUGAGGUGAAAGCUGCUCACAGUGUUCUCCUUCUCAUGCUUUUUUUUCUUUUCUUUCAUUGGACAGAAUGUGCUUUUUCUGUACUUUUAAGUUCCUUCUUAGAGAGUAAUUCCAUGAUGCAAAAUAUUCAUGCAUUUCUGAAAGUUGGUUAUGUAAUUCUCAGUCCCUUUAUACUGAUUUCCAGAGAUGGAAACCUGGCUCAAUGUUAGCAUAGAAUACCCAUUUAUGAAAGUUCCAUAUCAUGGAUUUUAUUGCUGACAUAGAUUUCAUGUUUUCUAUUUUUUUUUGUUUGGUUUGUGGGACUGAAAUAGAAUCUGGCCCUCUUUUGAAAGAAAUUAGGUUAGUGGGGUCAUAAUCAAUAGA